AUGGAGGGACUUUUCUUCAACAUCGACGGCGGGUACAUCGAGGGGCUCGUGCGGGGAUACAAGAACUCGCUUAUCACGUCGUCGCAGUACAUCAACUUGACACAAUGCGACAACCUCGAGGACCUCAAGCUCCAGCUCUCGGCAACGGACUACGGGAACUUCCUCGCAGACAUCAGCCAGACGCUCUCGACGUCGGUGAUCGAGCAGAAGUUGAACAAGAAGCUCAUCGAGGACUUCAACUACAUCAAGUCGCAGGCCACGUACCCGUUGUCCAAGUUCAUGGAGUACAUCACGUACAGCUACAUGAUCGACAACAUCCUCUUGAUCAUCACGGGCACGAUCCACAACCGGGACAAGGGCGAGAUCCUGAAGAAGUGCAACCCGCUCGGGUGGUUCGACACGUUGCCCACCUUGUCCAUCACGACGGACUUGAACUCCUUGUACGAGACGGUCUUGAUCGACACCCCGUUGGCCAAGUACUUCCACAACUGCUUGUCGAUCGACGACCUGGACGACCUCAACAUCGAGAUCAUCCGCAACAUACUAUACAAGGAGUACCUCGAGGACUUCUACCGCUUCUGUGUCGCAGAGCUCCCUAACCCCACCGACGAGAUCAUGGAGCGCUUGUUGAGCUUCGAGGCCGAUAAGAGAACCAUCAACAUCUGCAUCAACUCCCUCGACACAGACCUCUCCAGCGACGAGAAGCUCAAGAUGUUGCCCUCCAUCGGCUUGCUCGCCUCCAACGACGCCAUCAAGUACCAGCUCUCGGAAUUGGCCGACCUCGAGAACUUGAAAAUCCUCAUGUCCUCCGUCGGCCCCUACAAGGACUUCUUCAGCGACAGCGCCUCCGCCGGCGUCUCCAGCAAGUCCUUGGAGGACAGCUUCUACGAGUACGAGAUGAACCUCAACAGAAACGCCUUCACCCAGCAGUUCACCUACUCCACCAUCUGGGCCUUCAUCAAGUCCAAGGAGCAGGAGAUCAGAAACAUCACCUGGAUCUCCGAGUGCAUCGCCCAGAACCAGAAAGACAAGAUCAACAACUACAUCUCUGUCUACUGA